AUGAAUAUCUUAUUCAUCAGAUCAAACAAUCACGACAUGUAUCAUAACAUUUCAAAUAUUCAACUUAGUUGUGAUGACAUUCUUGAAACCUUACAUGAAGAUAUAUUUCUGACCUACAAAUGUAUUGGAGCUAAUCAGCCAGUAAUAUUAAUGGUAGACACUAUGGACGAGCAUGAGUUUGUAGAUGAUGCACCUCGACCUCCUAUAGAAGGAAUGGCCUUCUCGGACCUGCAAAUAAAAGCAGUUGUCUUUACCCAUUACAAAAGGCAUAAGGCAUUUACUAUAUCAUUUCCACAAUCACUGGAAGCAUUCCUCAAAUGUGUACCAUAUUUAAAAAAUUGGAAAUCUAGAAAGGUAAUAUUACAUUUUAACUUAGGAAUAGAUGAUAAUGGAUCAGGAAUGUCCUCAUUGAUUGAGUCGGUAAUCCCUUAUAUUGGAUAUAACUUGAAUCUUGGUGUGAGUAUUUACAGAAAGUUUUUAAAUGAUGGAGAACCAACAAACUUCAAUCUACCAUAUGAUUUGCUUUCUAAGCUUGAUUUAACUUAUUUCAGGUUCUAUACUGAUUAUUUAACAUCUGAAAUAACAGUACCCUAUAUCAAGCUUAUAAAAGGUUUUCCAGUCCUUGAUAUCGAUGCCUUGAGUAAAAAUUUAGAGGAGUUGCAUAUUGGAGAAAAGCUAAGGAUAAAGGAAAGAUCAGGGACCAGUAAUAGGCAUAUUGGACUUAAAUAUGUGUCCUUUGAAACUGUUCAUUUAGUCGCACUUCUAUGGUUAAGGAGAUUUUAUUUUAAGGGCAUUAAGAAAGCCAGAUUAAGAAAUCAAAUUAUGAUAUCACAAAUACUUUUAUAUAGGAGUAACAUCGAGGAACUCGAACUAAUUGGUUAUAAACAUUUACCACCAAUUAAAUUUUCAACUUUUAAUGGAUUAAAAAAACUUAAGAUUAGUGGUCCUUGUAAUGUGCUCCAACAAGUACUUCAGUGUAUUACUCCAGAUAACUUGGCAAUUUUAUCUUUAUCUUUAUCUUGCCCAACUCCAGAAUAUACAUGUAUUUCUUAUUUCGCCAAUGUCUCCUAUCAUUCACAUCAUGAAACAUAUUUUCCAAAGUGGUCCUUCAUGGAUGGAAAGAAAAAACUUAGUGAACUUGCUGAUUUUGCUGAUAACGAAUUAAUAGCACGUAUAUGGAGGAAACUUGAUUAUGAAUAUUAG